UAUGGAUGAUUUUGUACACUUCCGCUGAAAUUCCACUUUUACGAAAAAUAAUUUAACAUCGUAUAUUUCAAUGAAAUGAUCUCUAACUUAAAACUAUACUCAUCUAGACAUUGAAAAUACAUUCAUUUUCUUUUAGAAAAUGCCGUCUUACAUAAUAGCCAAUCAGAAAAUGUAUUGAUUAAUCUCAAAGUAAAUCGAAAGUAAUGAAAGAAAAAUAAAUUUAUCAAAAAGUAAAUAAACAUGGAAAAAUAUACCAAAAUUAAAAGUAUAGGCGAAGGAGCAUUUGGUAAGGCAUUGCUAGUGAGGGAUAAAAGUAAUGGUCAGCAGUAUGUUGUUAAAGAAAUUCCAAUGUUGCGGAUGAAAGCAAAGGAAAGAGAAGAUGCUAGAAAGGAGGUUUCAGUACUGGCCCAAUUACAUCACCCAAAUAUUGUACGAUACAGAGAAUCAUUUGAAGAAAAGGGAUGUUUACAUAUUGUUAUGGACUAUUGUGAGAAAGGUGACCUAUAUCAUAAGAUCAGUAGCCAGAGAGGUAUCCUUUUCCCUGAAGACCAGGUAAUGGAUUGGUUUGUACAGAUAUCACUAGCCAUAAAGUAUGUCCAUGACAGGAAAAUUCUUCACAGAGAUAUCAAGACACAGAAUAUAUUUUUAACAGCAAGUGGACUUGUCCAGCUUGGAGAUUUUGGAAUUGCUAAAGUUUUAGGAAGCACUGUAGAAUUAGCAAGGACAUGUAUAGGAACACCAUAUUAUCUUUCUCCUGAAAUUUGCGAAAACAGGCCAUACAAUAAUAAAAGUGAUGUGUGGUCCCUUGGUUGUGUUUUAUAUGAAAUAGCAACGUUAAAGCAUGCAUUUGAAGCUGGAAAUAUGAAAAAUCUCGUAUUGAAAAUUAUAAGAGGUUCAUAUCCACCCAUAUCACCAAAGUACAGCUAUGAUUUACGAGGGUUGAUAGCUAAACUAUUUAAAAGAACACCAAAAGACAGACCAUCAGUAAAUUCUGUAUUAAAGAUGCCAUUUGUUCAAAGAAGAGUGCCGAAAUUCUUAACUGAUGAACAAAUAGCAGAUGAAUUCAGUCAUACAAUCAUGCAUGGUCACAAACUGGGCCACAACAAAGUCAGAGCUGCUCCCAGCCCUAGUCCUGCCUCCAGACCUCCAUCAGCAAACAGACCUCCAUCAGCAAACAGACCUCCAUCAGCCAACAGACCACCAUCAGCUGGUGUUAAACGACCUCUUCCUGCUAGACCUACCCCGGCUGCUGCUCCUAAGAAAUACAAUCCAGCUAAUGUAUAUGGUGCUCCAAUAGCUAGGAAAUCUAAUGAAAGAUCACAAGACAGGAGAAGACCUGGAAGUGGGAGUGGUCAAAGGCCUCAAAACAGUCAGGACCUGCUUAAGAAGAAAAAUGAAUUUAUAGAAAAAGAAAAGAGAAGAAGGGACGAAAUACAAAAGGCAGCUAUAGAGAAGAAACACAAGGACCUUAUGGAGAAACAGAAGGCAAACAGAAUGAACAAAGCUCGGGAGGAAGGAUGGAAACAGGUUCUAGGAUAUUCUGAUGAUAGUGAGAAUAGCAAAGGCAGCAGUGAAGGAAAUCAGGGGCAGAUUAAAUGGCCAGCACAAAAGCAGGCAGCACAGAACAAUCAACCUAAUAAUAGAGGUGAUUAUGCUGAUUAUCAUGCUUACCUAGAUAAAUUAGACAGAGACAGAAAUAACAGACAAAAUGCUCCAGGUGGAGGUGCAUACAUGGCAGCACCUAGACAACAACAGGCCGUACCUAAAUGGAACCGUGCUGGGGAGGGACCAAGGGUUCCUGCUGCCACACCCAUACAACAGGCAGAAGAAAAUAGGCAGAAGGGUGCUGAUGCUGCAGAAAGUAUAAUGUUUAUUUGUGGAUUUUUUAGGCAGAAGGGUGCUGAUGCUGCAGAAAGAGCAAGAAUUGUUGGUGAAUUUAUACAGAGGAAACAAGAAGCUGAAGCAAACAGAAGGAGAGGAAAUGCUGAAUUGUUUGGGGGAGCUGCACCAUAUGAAUCCCCAAGGAAUGUACCCUCACCUUCACCAAUGAGGGAUGAUGGCAGACCUUCAUCGGCUGAUUCUAGGAGAAGAGAAGAAGAGGAAUAUUUAGAAAGAUUGAAAAAGAUCAGACAAGCUAACUAUAAUGAAAGGAGAAAUGAUAAGAAUAAUGAAGCAGAAGUAAGGAAAAAGAAAAUAGAAGCUUUAAGACAACAAGCUGAUGACAAAGCUAAACAUUUAAAGGAACAAUUGGAGAGACAGAGAAGAGAAAUGGUACAGAAAGAAGAAAGAUUGAGAAAUCACCAGGUUCAAAGAUAUGCACAGGGAAAAGACAGACCAGGUUCAGCUCCUCCAGUUGCCAAGCCUGUUCCAGCUGUUGGUAUUACUGGAGUUCUAAAGGCUAUUGGUUCAGAGCCUCCUAUACCAGAGCCUGUACAAUCUCCCCCAGGAAUAGGAAUGACCGGUGCCCUCAAGGCUAUUGGAGCGCAGAACUCACCAGAGGAAACUAGACCAAAAAGUGCAUUACAGCUUAAAAGGGAUGAGGUUCUAAAGGGAGUUAAUCAAAGGGGACCACCAAGAGCAGGAUGGGGAGCUCUUGAUGAAAAACCUGCCUUUGAAAUUAAAGAAGAGGAAGAACCUGAAAGUUCAAGGUCAAGAUGGGGUGACAAAAUAGAUGACAGACUUAAAGGACUCCCACUUCAAGAAACAGCAUCUGCUAUGGAAGCAACUAGUGCCAGGGAUCAAGUUAUCCUGAAUCCAAGUGAUAUAGCAGCUGAUGCAGCUAGAAGACAGUGGGGCCGACCUGGAAGUACAGUCAUGAAUGCUCUUAAAGAUAUUCCUAUACUUGAGGGAAGCAGUACUAUGUCCAGUGAUAAAUCUGAUGACAGUGUUCCUUCGUCAGUAGCUUCAGCAGACACAGAAGUAAAGCCAGGUAUUGGUGAAACCAUAACAAUAACAAAAACACCCAUUCAAAAAGGCACAAUAACAAUAUCAUCCACAGAGAAAAGGGAAAAUAUAGCCAGACCUGAAAUAGAAAUUCCAUGUAAGCCAUCUGAAUCACCUGAUCAUGAAGUUGACCAAUCAAAAUCAGAACCCACAAUAACAUCAUCACCUGACCAGAAAUCUACACAAUCUGAAGUAUCCACAGAAAAGGAACCAGAAAAAUCCAGUUCUGAUGGACAAUUAUCUAAGCCUCCAGUGGCAACUAAAUCAGUAUUAAAUAAGCCUCCCUUGCCGUCCAAGCCAAAACCUGCUGAUAAACCAUUGGUAUUACCAAAACCAACAAUAUUAAACAAACCUGAAUCUCCAUUAGUAUUUGCUAAGCAAGGUGAUGUACCACAAGCUAAGAAUGUAGUGGGUGAAGGAUCAUUGUUCAGUAAAGUAGAACUAGAAAAUACAGACCAGAUCAAAACAGAGGUUGUCAAAGAUAAUUUAGUCCUUGAGGAAGUUCAAGAUGAUGUACCAAAAGAUAAAGUUCAAGAUGAUGUACCAAAAGAUAAAGUUCAAGAAGAUGUAUCAAAAGACAAAGUUCUAGAAGAUAUCCCAAAAGAUAAAGAUGGUAAACCAAAGACAGGACUAGCUGUGGCAUUAACUACUGGUCAUUUUGAUAUCAGGAAUACAGGGUUGUUAAGAACAUGUUCAGAACCAGAUCUGAGUAAACUGUCACAAAAAGAUGUAAUAAAAGUAGAAAGAAGAAGUCUAGAGUUAGAAAGAGUUAAAGAGGAUGACGAUGCAGAAGAUGAAGAAUCAAGUGAAAAUAAAGAUAAAGAUGAUGAAGAGAAUGAAGAAGAGGAAGAUGUUGAUGAAGAAGAAUAUGAAGAGUUAAUGAGUGUACGAGAAACCAUGGCUAGUCUCUUAUUGAGGGAAUGCAGCACAGAUGAUGAUGGUUCAAAUAAAGGAGACACAAACAAAUUCAGAUUGUCUGCAGCAAGCAAUAAGGAGAACGACAUUGAAGAGGAAAAUGAUGAUAAAAAUGAUGAUGAAGAAGAUGAAGAAAAUAAGGAAGAUGAAAAUGAUGAAGAUGAGAAGGGAGAUGACAAUGAAGAAGAAGAAAAUGGUGAUGAUGGUGAUGUAAAUAAUUACGCUGAGGCCUUAGAAGAUGCUGAAUAUAAAGAUGACAGUGCGUUGUUUGAAUCAGAUGAGAGUGAUGUUGAUACACAGUUUGGAGAUGAUGACGAUGAUUUUGAUUUGUUUUCACGGUUGGAAGAAUCUCGAGCAGAAUUGGAAGGUCAUCUAGGUUGUGACAAAUUUCUAAAAGUAUAUAAAACAGUACAGGCUCUUCAAGAAGAUGAAGAUGAGAAUAUAGAAGAUGGGGCUAAAUUAGCAAUGAACAUGUUAGGCAAAGAUCAAGAACAUUUAUAUCCUAAAAUAUUCCAACUAGUCAUGGCGGAUGCAGCAUUUACUGAAGGUGAAGAUGACUAAAGGACAGAGACAGAAAAUGGAACCACAACAAUGAAUGAAGACCAUGAAAAGACUGAAUAAUUCUAACUGUGAUAAGAAGCAUCUUUACAGCUCAUACAACAGUAUAAAUACAUUUAUAAAUAGGAAUUCCAUUCAUGUGUGUACUGCUUUUAUUUGUGAAGAGAAAACUUUUGAGUUGCCUGUUUAUAUAAGUAUAUAUGAUUGUGAAUUGUGAGAGAGUUGUACAUCACACAUAUUUUGUUGUACAUCACACAUAUUUUGUUGUUGUACAUCACACAUAUUUUGUUGUAUAUUCAUGCACAUCUUUGUUUAUUUGACACUAAGGAAACUUAUUUCAUAGUUAUAAACCUGAGACAUGGUUACAUAUUUGACAUAGUAAUUUGUUCCUCAAUGGAACAAAAGAAAGAUGAAUGUCUGAUAAUAAAUACAAUUAACAUUUCUGUUUAUUUUAAAAGCCAUUUCUUAGGCUAUUUUUUCAAU